GAGGGCUGUUCCGAAAGUCCUAGCUGCGGCUGCCUAGCCUGGGUCUCCGCCGCGGGAUCUAGCUGGGCUCCUCUGCUGUCUGGCUAUUGCUGCAGAUGAGGAAUCGGACAUUGGGGGAUCAAGGACCUUGCCUAUGGUCACAUCGCUAUAGCGUUGUUCUGAGCAUCCUCAGAAAGAUCGUCCCUGAGAAGUUCUAAGAGGUCUUCCAGUUUCUCUAUGAACGUUUAAUACAUUGGAUACUACAGGACGUAUCAUGGAUAUAUAAUUUGAAUAGUCUGAAAGCCAUAUACCUCUGUUUGUAUUCUGGAAAGCACGCCAAGUUUAGUGGCACUCUCCCCUACAACAUAAGGUGGGGCAUAUAUUGAAGACAAUGUCUGGAAGCUUCUACUUUGUAAUUGUUGGCCACCAUGAUAAUCCAGUUUUUGAAAUGGAGUUUUUGCCACCUGGAAAAGCAGAAUCCAAAGAUGAUCACCGUCACCUGAACCAGUUCAUCGCUCACGCCGCUCUCGACCUCGUAGAUGAGAACAUGUGGCUGUCUAACAACAUGUACUUGAAAACUGUGGACAAGUUCAACGAGUGGUUUGUCUCAGCAUUUGUUACUGCUGGUCAUAUGAGAUUUAUCAUGCUUCAUGACAUAAGGCAAGAAGAUGGAAUAAAGAACUUCUUUACCGAUGUCUACGAUUUGUAUAUAAAGUUUGCAAUGAAUCCAUUUUAUGAACCCAAUUCUCCUAUUCGAUCAAGCGCAUUUGACAGAAAAGUGCAGUUCCUUGGGAAGAAACACCUUUUAAGCUGAACGUGGCGGAAUUCUGAAAUAAGCAAUGUCACCACAAUGAGGUGUACUCAGGAAUGUGUGCUUUGUAAGUAACCUGAUUAAAUCGCCUGGAAAACUUUUAUUUGUUGUAGUCUCAGUUUAUCUAAACCUUGUGAAAUUACUUUUCUAUUUAAAA